AGGGGCUGGCUCCGGGGCUGGUGCAGCCGCCACCGAGGGCUCGGACCCUGGGCAUCCGCCGGCUCUGCGCCCCGCGCUCGCAAAGUUGGGUCGGACCUGAACCCCUCAAAGCGGGACCGCCCCCCCCUCCGCACCCCCCUCCCGCACCCCGCACGCCCGCCGGGAGCUGAGUCGCCGGCGGUGGCGGCGGCGCCUGACAGAUCGGAGUUUCCUCUCGCGCUGGAUGGAGCUGAACUUUGGGCGACCAGAGGAGCGCAGCCGUCCGGGGACCGCUGCAUGCUGAGCCCCCCCUCGGCGAGACCCGGGAUUUUAUUUUUUUGGGGGGAGGCGCGGGACCAGCUGCGCGCCGGCACCAUGUUUCUGGCGACCCUGUACUUCGCGCUCCCGCUCUUGGAUCUGCUCCUGUCGGCCGAGGUGAGCGGCGGGGACCGCCUGGACUGCGUGAAAGCCAGCGAUCAGUGCCUGAAGGAGCAGAGCUGCAGCACCAAGUACCGCACGCUGAGGCAGUGCGUGGCGGGCAAGGAGACCAACUUCAGCCUGGCGUCCGGCCUCGAAGCCAAGGAUGAGUGCCGCAGCGCCAUGGAGGCCCUGAAGCAGAAGUCGCUCUACAACUGUCGGUGCAAGCGAGGCAUGAAGAAGGAGAAGAACUGUCUGCGCAUCUACUGGAGCAUGUACCAGAGCCUGCAGGGAAAUGAUUUGCUUGAAGAUUCCCCAUAUGAGCCAGUUAACAGCAGAUUGUCCGAUAUAUUCCGGGUGGUCCCAUUCAUAUCAGAUGUUUUCCAACAAGUGGAGCAUAUUCCCAAAGGGAACAACUGCCUGGAUGCGGCCAAGGCCUGCAACCUGGAUGACACCUGCAAGAAGUACAGAUCUGCAUACAUCACCCCCUGCACCACCAGCAUGUCCAACGAAGUCUGCAACCGCCGCAAAUGUCACAAGGCCCUGCGGCAGUUCUUUGACAAGGUCCCGGCUAAGCACAGCUAUGGAAUGCUCUUCUGCUCAUGCCGGGACAUAGCCUGCACUGAGCGGCGACGCCAGACCAUCGUGCCCGUGUGCUCCUAUGAAGAGCGGGAGAAGCCCAACUGCUUGAAUUUGCAGGACUCCUGCAAGACAAAUUACAUCUGCAGAUCUCGCCUAGCAGAUUUUUUUACCAACUGUCAGCCGGAGUCAAGGUCUGUCAGCAGCUGUCUAAAGGAGAAUUAUGCAGACUGCCUCCUUGCCUACUCGGGGCUGAUUGGCACAGUGAUGACCCCCAACUACAUAGACUCCAGCAGCCUGAGUGUGGCCCCGUGGUGUGACUGCAGCAACAGUGGGAAUGAGCUGGAAGAGUGUUUGAAAUUCCUGAACUUCUUCAAGGACAACACAUGUCUUAAAAAUGCAAUUCAAGCCUUUGGCAAUGGCUCUGAUGUGACUGUGUGGCGGCCAGCCUUCCCGGUGCAGACCACCACUGCCACCACCACUACAGCCUUCCGGGUCAAGAACAAGCCCCAGGCACCUGCAGGGUCUGAGAAUGAAAUUCCCACACAUGUUUUGCCACCUUGUGCAAAUUUACAGGCACAGAAGCUGAAAUCCAACAUGUCUGGCAGUACACACCUCUGUCUUUCUGACCGCGAUUAUGAAAAGGAUGGCCUCGCUGGUGCUUCCAGCCACAUAACCACAAAAUCGAUGGCUGCUGCUCCUGGCUGUGGUCUGAGCUCACUGCUGGUUCUGGUGGUAACCGCUCUGUCCACCCUGUUAUCUUUAUCCUGGGCGGAAACAUCGUAGCUGCAUUGGAAACACAGUAUGGACAUGUAAAAAAAAAAAAA